AUGAAGCGAAUGGUCUGCCUCGCACCGAUUCUAGCAUUGUCUGACUUCGACGCAAGCGCUCCACCAUUCGUACUGGACACUGACGCUAGCCAUACAGCCGUGAGCAGUGUGCUCACACAAAUGGACAUGACAUCGCCAAUCCAACAGCUUCAAAAGGCCUCACCUCACAGCGAUGCCGCCACUUGA